AUGGCCUCCUCCUCCUCCUUGUCUUCUACGGCGGCGGUGCUCCUCGUGUGCGCAAUGCUGCUGCAGACCUGCCUGGCAACGCGGCGUCUCACCGCGCUCGUGCAGGACCCGCCGAUGACCAUGGAGUACCACAAGGGCGCGCUCCUCACGGGCCGCAUCGCCAUCAACCUCGUCUGGUACGGCGACUUCACCGCCGCCCAGCGCGCCGCCCUCACCGACUUCCUCUCCUCCCUCUCCCCCACCACCCCACAACCCUCCCCCUCCGUCGCCACCUGGUUCAGCACGGCCCACAAGUACUACGCCGCCUCCAAAACCCCAUUCCCCACCCUCACCAUCAACGCCCACGUCCUCGACACCUCCUGCUCCCUCGGCAAGCACCUCAAGGAGCCCGACCUGCUCGCCCUCGCCGCCCGCGGCGGCCGGCGCCGCGCCAUCAACGUCGUCCUCACCGCCCCCGACGUCGCCGCCGCCGGGUUCUGCUCCAGCCGCUGCGGCUCCCACGGCGCGUCCCCGCGCUCCCGCGCCGGCCGCUUCGCCUACGUCUGGGUCGGCAACCCCGCCGCGCAGUGCCCCGGCCAGUGCGCCUGGCCCUUCCACCAGCCGCAGUACGGGCCCCAGACCGCGCCCCUCAGCCCGCCCAACGGCGACGUCGGGGUCGACGGCAUGGUCGUCUCCCUCGCCUCCAUGCUCGUCGGCGCCGUCACCAACCCCUUCGGCAACGGCUUCUUCCAGGGCCCCAAGGAGGCGCCGCUCGAGGCCGCCACCGCGUGCGCCGGGGUCUACGGCAAGGGCGCCUACCCCGGGUUCCCCGGGGAGCUGCUCGUGGAUCCGGCCACCGGCGCCAGCUACAACGCCCACGGGGCGCGCGGCCGGAAGUACCUCGUUCCGGCGCUCGUCGACCCGGACACCUCCGCUUGCUCCACCUUGGGGUAGAUACGGGUGGUUUCUUUAAUGGUGUAGUUAUAGGUGCUGCGGUACUGCGUGGAGACCUUUCCACGCGCUAGUCUCUCUCUCUGUGUGCCUGUAGAGGCGUUGAAAUGAAAUUCUUUCAUUUGUUGGAUGAAAAAAAAAACAAAAUUAUUAAUGUUAUACGGCACUGUUCUGAAAA